CCUGUUCCUGCCUGUGCUUUCCCUGCAGGAUGCCAAACUGGGGAGGAGGAAAGAAGUGUGGGGUCUGCCAGAAGGCCGUGUACUUUGCUGAGGAGGUGCAAUGUGAAGGCAACAGCUUCCACAAGUCCUGCUUCUUGUGCAUGGUCUGUAAGAAGAACUUGGACAGCACCACUGUUGCUGUGCAUGGAGAGGAGAUCUACUGCAAGUCCUGCUAUGGGAAGAAGUAUGGCCCCAAGGGCUAUGGAUACGGGAUGGGAGCAGGGACCCUGAGCACUGACAAGGGCGAGUCUCUGGGAAUCAAAUAUGAAGAGGGCCAGCCCCACCGACCCCCCAACCCCAACGCAGCCAGGAUGGCCCAGAAGGUGGGAGGAUCUGAUGGGUGCCCUCGCUGUGGCCAAGCUGUGUAUGCAGCUGAGAAAGUGAUUGGAGCUGGGAAGUCCUGGCACAAGUCCUGCUUCCGCUGUGCCAAAUGUGGCAAAAGCCUGGAGUCCACCACGCUGGCAGACAAAGAUGGGGAGAUCUAUUGUAAAGGUUGUUACGCCAAGAACUUCGGUCCCAAGGGCUUUGGCUUUGGGCAGGGCGCCGGGGCACUCGUCCACUCGCAGUGAGGCACCAGGAGCCGGCUCUGUGCUCGCCCAGGGCUUGUCCAAACCAGUCUGUGCUGCCCGACCCUUCCCACGCCCGCCGUGAGCAUCCUCACCGUCAUCCAGAGCCACCCGCUGCUUCUCCCUGCCCGCCCUGACCCAGCCCUCCCUGGAGCCAGGGCAGUCCCAGCACUGCCCCACCGGGUCCUGCUGGGGC